AUGCUGCGACCGCUGCCGCAGCAGCAACAGGAGCAGCAGCAGCAGCAGAAGCAACAGCAGCAGCAGCAGAAGCAACAGCAGCAACAGGAGCAGCAGCAGCAGCAGAAACAGAAGGAGCAGCAGCAACGGCGACAGCAGCAGCAACAGAAGCAGCAACACGACCAGCAACAGCAGCAACAGCAGCAGCAGCAGCAGCAACAGCAGCAGCAGCAGCAGCAGCAGCAAACCUCUGCUAGAGAUAGAGGAGUCUUGAGAGGGGGGAUAAGGAUUAGGCGAAGGCAGCGCCAACUGACACGGACCCACAGCCCUGCAGCAGCAGCAGCAGCAGCAGCAGCAGCAGCAGCAGGAGUAGCAGCAUCAGCAGCAGGAACAGUAGCAGCAGCAGCAGCAACAGCAGUAGCAGGAACAGUAGCAGCAGCAGAAGCAGCAGCAGCAGCAGAAACAACAACAAAAUGA